AUGACAGAUUCUAAAGUGAAAUACUUUCUGAAUGGAAUCAUAGUGUCUUGUACAGUUUCUAUUGUCGUCGCUAUCUUUGGAUGUGGAUACAUCUUAUCCGACAUUUCAGAUUUUCAAAAUGUGAUUCACGGAGAUAUGAAAGAAUUUCAGUUCUACUCAUCCGAUUCCUGGAGUGUGAUGCUCAGUAAACAAACAAUGGAGUUCCGAGUCCGAAGACAGUAUCCUAGUCCUCCAGUAGGUGGUGGGGGCCAAAUAGAAGACGGAACUUGUCAGUGUGCUGAGCAAUCAACUGGAUGCCCUCCUGGACCACCUGGGCAACCUGGAAUUGUAGGACAGCCGGGCGAUUCGGGAACACCAGGACAGCCCGGGCAGUCCGGAUCCAGAGGAGGCACUGAAAUGCACGAAUCGAUGAAAAAUGAGUGUAUUUCGUGUCCAACGGGCCCACCAGGAACUGUUGGACCGGAUGGACCUCCAGGACCUCCUGGACCUAGUGGUAAUCCAGGAAGUGCAAGUCCAGCAGGUCCAGCAGGACAGCCAGGACCACCCGGAGGCAUUGGACCUCCAGGAGCAAAUGGAAAUCCUGGUUCUCCAGGAAACGCUGGACCCCCGGGAGAAUCUGUAAGAACAAUAACCAAUCCACCUGGUCCGCCAGGAUCUGCGGGUCCAAUGGGACCGCCAGGGCCCUCAGGAAAUGAUGCACAGCUUUCCACUUCGGGACCUCCAGGACCUCCGGGACCCAUGGGGCCACCCGGAAAUCCAGGAUCUGAUGGUAUUCCAGGAGUUAAUGGAAACCCAGGAUCGGACGGACCACCAGGAAGUGACGCUCAAUACUGCCCAUGCCCAUCGAGAACUACUAAUUUGGGAGUCAUUGGGUAUAAAAAUGAAGAGCAGAAUCCUGAGAAUAGAAACCAACAAGAGUAUGCUGUGGAUACUUCGUUUGGGUUCUCGAAGAAGAAAAUUCUGAGGAUGAAGAAAAUGAUAAAGAAGCUCCACAAACAGUUUACAUCAGCUAUUGCCUAA